AUGUCGGGUAAGGAGAAAGGCAAACGUCUCGGUGGCCCUACAGGCUCAACGCCGGAGAAGCAGAAGAAGAAAAAAGAGGAGGAGCUCGAUGGUGGAGCAGAUUCGGCAAUCGAUUCAGCCAGGGGGUCAGGAGAUGGAGUAUUUGUUGCGGCUUCGCCCCCGCAGUGGUUUAAAGAUUUCGAUGCCCGCCUGUCGAAGCAAAUCGAAGGCAUUACGACCGACCUGAACGGAAUGAAAGACAUGAUUGACAAGGCGAGGAUGGAGGCGCAGGACGCACGAAGGGCAGCAGAGGAGGCCCAGGAGAAGAUGGAGGAGGUGGAGAUGGACGUGGAGGGAAUCAGGAACGACCUUGAGGAGAUGUAUUUGACUAAAAAAGAAAUCGAGGACAAGCUGCAGGCCAUGGUGGAAGACGGAAUCGAGAAGGCUCUGAAAGACAAAGAUGAUCAGCAGGCGCAGCAACCCCAGCAUCCACAUGACGACCGGGAGCUCCAGGUCAUCGUGGGAGGCCUGACGGACGAGGAGGACGAGGAUCGCAUCGUGAAGCAGAUCAGCGACGUGGUGGAGAAGAACGGCAUGAAGGACAAAAUCGCGAACAUAUCGACCUUCAUCGACCCAGCGAAGAUCGGGGUAUUGGAAUUUACAAACGAUUCUACUAAGCGGGGCUUCCUCAAGAAAAUGCGGGGGAGGGAGACCAAGUGGGAGUGUGGGAGGAAGAUGUGGUUCACGAGUAAUAACACGAUCGAGAAACGCAUCAUCGACAAAACAAUGGGUCAGAUCAAACACCACCUCAUGAACAAGGGCUUCGAACAAAAAACGAUACGCAUCUUUUGGGACACGGGGGUAAUCAGGAUGAAAGGCGUCAAGGUUGCUGAGGUGAAGGGAGACGGCAGCUUCGAGACGUACGGGGACGGAGACGCAGUCAAACAGGACGUGAUGACGUUCAUGGAGCAAUGGCGGAAGAACCGCGACAUCGAGUGA